UCUCUCACCCAUUCUCUCCCUAUCUCCAGAAAAGAAUACACGCAGUCACACAGUAGAGAGGAGGGCAAAGGAGCGGCAAUGGAUCUCAGCGAGGAAGUUAGGGCGACGAACAAGCGCGCCUUCCUCAAAUUCUUCGACCAAAGCGAACUGAGUAUCGAGUUGAAGAAGGACAUUAACACUAUGAUUAACAGACAAGAGCGCCGUUUGAUUAUCAAGCUCUCUCAUCUGUAUAACCACAGGGAAGGGGCUGACCUCGCUCGCAGGCUUCUCCAGAACCCAAGCGAGUAUAUGCAACCACUAUGUGAUGCAAUGACAGAGAUGGUUCGAAGCUGUGAUGCAAAGUAUUUGAAGGAAGGGGAGCAAGUCCUUGUCGGGCUUGAUGGUCCUUUUGUUUCACGCAGAGUGACCCCAAGAGACCUCUUGUCAGGCUUCAUUGGUUCCAUAGUGUGUGUUGAGGGAAUUGUUACCAAAUGUUCUCUUGUGAGACCAAAGGUUGUCAAGAGUGUUCACUUCUGCCCUGAGACAGGGAAGUUCACAACCCGUGAGUAUAGAGAUAUAACAUCCAAUAUGGGAUUGCCAACAGGUUCUGUGUAUCCAACGCGGGAUGAUCAAGGCAAAUUAUUGGUGACUGAGUAUGGGCUGUGCACAUAUAAAGACCACCAGACAUUAUCAAUGCAAGAAGUGCCUGAAAACUCUGCUCCUGGUCAACUACCACGGACAGUGGAUGUUAUUUUAGAGGAUGACUUAGUGGAUAAGUGCAAGCCUGGAGAUCGUGUGGCUAUUGUUGGGAUAUACAAAGCACUUGCUGGAAAGAGCAAGGGGAAUGUGAAUGGGGUUUUCAGGACUGUUCUUAUAGCGAACUCUGUCUUUCCUCUCAACAAAUCCACAACGGCGACACAAUUUGGAAAUAAAGACCGAGAUAAUAUCUUAAAGAUAUCUAAAAGAGACGAUGUCUUUGACUUACUUGCCAAUUCUCUUGCACCAUCUAUAUACGGUCAUACAUGGAUAAAGAAGUCAUUGGUUCUUUUGAUGCUUGGUGGAAGUGAAAAGAAUUUAAAAAAUGGUACUCAUUUGCGAGGUGAUAUAAACAUGAUGAUGGUUGGGGAUCCUUCUGUUGCCAAGUCUCAGCUGCUAAGAGCAAUCUUGAAUAUUGCACCUUUAGCUAUAUCAACCACUGGUCGAGGUUCUUCAGGAGUUGGCUUGACAGCUGCAGUUACUUCUGAUCAAGAAACAGGAGAAAGAAGGCUAGAGGCUGGUGCUAUGGUUCUUGCUGAUAGAGGAGUUGUUUGUAUUGACGAAUUUGACAAAAUGAAUGACCAAGAUCGUGUAGCUAUACAUGAAGUCAUGGAGCAGCAAACUGUAACAAUUGCUAAAGCUGGAAUUCAUGCAUCCUUGAAUGCCCGGUGCAGUGUUGUAGCAGCUGCAAAUCCCAUAUAUGGAACAUAUGACCGCUCGCUAACCCCAACAAAGAAUAUUGGUCUCCCAGAUUCUUUGCUUUCUCGUUUUGAUUUACUGUUCAUUGUUUUGGAUCAAAUGGACCCUGGUAUAGACCGUCAAAUCUCAGAACAUGUCUUGCGGAUGCAUAGGUUUCGUUCCACUAUGGAUGGAGAUGCAGAUGUAGGUACACAAUACGAAAGGGAGGAUGAGGGUGAUGCAAAUUCCACAGUCUUUGUCAAGUAUAACCGAAUGCUACAUGGGAGGAAAACAAGUCGUAAGCGUGAGACCUUCACCAUUGAUUUUCUGAAGAAGUACAUCCAUUAUGCAAAACACAGAAUUCAGCCUGAGUUAACUGAUGAGGCAUCAGAUCAAAUUGCAACUGCAUAUGCAGAGCUUCGAAGUGCCAGUUCAAAUGCCAAGACUGGCGCUGGAACUCUUCCAAUAACUGCCAGGACCUUGGAAACAAUAAUACGUCUGUCAACUGCCCAUGCAAAAUUGAAGUUAAGAAGACAGGUUUUGAAGGCUGAUGUGGAUGCCGCUCUUCAAGUCCUGAACUUUGCCAUAUAUCAUCAAGAGCUAACUGAAAUGGAAGAGCGUGAGCAAGAAAGAGAAAGAGAGAAUGAGAGAAAGCGCAGAUCCGAGAAUAAUGCAGGUGACACCGGUAGACCUCAGCAUCAAGGUGCCAGAAAUGAUAGAGAAAAUGGUGAUGCUUCUGGUAGAACAGGGGAGGCUAUGGAAGUAGAAGGUUCUGCUGGAACAGAUGUCAAUAUAUCUCCUGAGAGGUUGGAAGCAUUUAGCGCAGCACUUGGAAGGUACAGGCACGCACAGCAUGUUGAACAAAUAUCAGUUGCUGAUAUUGAGGGAGUAGUUAAUAGCGGAGCAUCUGUGCCUUUCUCAACUGCGGAGAUUAUGACCCUGUUGGAGAUGAUGGAAGUCGAAAACAAGCUGUUUUUCAAUAGGGAUGCAAAUGUAGUGUACUUUGUGUGAAGCAGUCUGACCUUCUGCAGUUGUGGACCUGGUGGUUUUCUGUAGUUUUAUGGCACAGACGUCUACGCCGACGCUCAUUGAUGGAUCAUCUACUGAUGGUGUCGUGGCUGCACCUGAUUGAUCUAACUAGGCAUAUUCUGCAUUUGCCUUACAGCAAGGCAAACGGCUCCUAUGCCUCUUUACUUUUAUUUAUAUAUGCACACCUAAUGUGUUCACCUUAGUGCCUUCUGAAUCAUAUGGUAGGAUUAUGAGAAUGAAAUCCAAAUCUUCUGUUAGACUGGCAGACACUAUGCUAAUCUUUGUGCUACAUCAACUUUAAUUAAAGUACGCAGAAUUAGCUUGUCUGAAAA